GUGCUCCACUAAGUCCACUAAAAACAAAACGAAAACAUGAAGUCAACUCUGUUCUGUGCUGCACUGGCCAUGUUUUUGGCUGUGGUCCAGUGUGAAGCGGACUUUCGGGGGAUCAUGCAGCAGUGCAUGCAGACGACCCAGGUGACCGAGGCGGACCUCAAGGACUUUAUGGCCAGCGGCAUGCAGAGCACUCCCAAGGAGAACCUCAAGUGCUACACCAAGUGUCUGAUGGAGAAGCAGGGCCACCUCGUCAAUGGGCAGUUCAAUGCGCAGGCGCUGCUCGACACGCUGAAGAAUGUGCCGCAGAUCAAGGACAAGAUGGAUGAGAUCACAUCGGGUGUGAAUGCCUGCAAGGACAUCAAGGGCACCAAUGACUGUGACACGGCGUUCAAGGUCACCAUGUGCUUGAAGGAGCACAAGGCCAUGCCAGGACAUCACUAGGCUAAGUCCAGCGAAAUCGAAAUUCG